AAAGAUGGCUACCCUGACGUGACACUUGUAAUGCAGUGAUUUGCUACCCAGACUGCAAAGGAAAUUUAAUAUGGCCUAGUAGAAUUGUUCUUUGGAGGUGUUUAUGAUGUCCACAGGUACAAGUGGCAAGAAAAACCAUCAGGCUGUGAGCCUAGAAGGAGUUGACCCAGAAACCUGCAUGAUAGUUUUUAAAACCCACUGGGCACAGGUUAUGAAAAUCUUAGAGAAGCAUGACCCUUUGAAAAAUAUUCAGGCAAAAUAUGGACUAAUUCCUCCAGAUGAGGCCAGCACUGUGCAGAAUUAUGUAGAGCAUAUGCUCUUCCUUUUAAUUGAAGAACAAGCAAAAGAUGCUGCAAUGGGACCUAUCCUGGAGUUUGUGGUCACAGAAAAUAUCAUGGAGAAGCUCUUCCUUUGGAGUCUCAGGCGGGAAUUCACUGAUGAGAUGAAAAUUGAACAACUGAAAAUGUAUGAGAUGCUCGUCACUCAGUCCCACCAGCCCCUUCUGCAUCAUAAACCCAUCCUGAAACCUUUAAUGAUGUUGUUGAGUUCUUGCUCAGGAACCACUACACCAACUGUAGAAGUAGACCUGGUAAUUCUUCUCAACCAGCUUUGCUCAAUCUUAGCCAAAGAUCCAUCCAUUUUGGAACUCUUUUUCCAUACCAGUGAGGACCAAGGAGCUGCUAACUUCCUAAUUUUUUCUCUAUUGAUUCCUUUCAUCCAUCGAGAAGGGACUGUUGGCCAACAAGCUCGUGAUGCGCUACUCUUUAUAAUGUCACUGUCUGCAGAAAACAAUAUGGUUGCUAAUCACAUAGUAGAAAACACUUAUUUUUGUCCGGUGCUAGCAACAGGCUUAAGUGGCCUAUAUUCAUCUUUGCCUACAAAGCUGGAAGACAAAGGAGAAGAAUGGCACUGUUUGUUGAAGGACGACUGGCUGCUUUCCCCAGCUCUUGUCCAGUUUAUGAACUCCCUCGAGUUCUGCAAUGCAGUAAUACAGGUGGCACAUCCUUUGAUUCGCAGCCAACUUGUGAACUACAUUUAUAAUGGGUUUCUGGUGCCAGUUAUGGCCCCAGCUCUCCAUAAGGUGACUGUGGAGGAAGUAAUGACUACAACUGCAUAUUUGGAUCUCUUCUUGCGGAGUGUUUCAGAGCCAGCUUUACUCAAGAUCUUCCUCCGGUUCAUCCUGCUGCAUCGCCAUGAGAAUGUACACAUCUUGGACACUCUCACAAGUCGCAUAAACACUCCAUUUCGGCUCUGUGUGGUGUCCUUGGCAUUGUUCAGAACACUUAUCAGCUUGCAUUGUGAAGAUGUGAUGUUACAGCUAGUUUUAAGGUACUUGAUACCCUGUAAUCACAUCAUGUUCAGCCAAAGAUGGGCCGUGAGGGAACGAGACUGGUACUCUGUUUCUGCUGCUAGACUGCUUGCCUUGACUCCAGUCUGCUGUUCUAGUGGGAUUACUCUGACUUUUGAAAGGCAAGAAAAAGAUUAUAUCCUAUGGAGAAAGAACAUACAUGGGGCAGAUUCCCUUGAAGAGUCCUCCCGCAGUGGUGUUGCAGACUCCACCUGUAUUGUGGAAUAUGGGAAAACCGUUGAUAUCAGUUACCUACAGUACCUUUGGGAUGCUCAAACUCUCAUACUCCACUGCAUGAAAGAUUGCCGGGUUUGGUCUGCUCCAUAUGAUGGUGAAAAACCUGAUCCACAUACUUUUAUCCAAACACUGGCUGAGGAAGAUGGUAAAAAUCUAGACCAGCCCAUUUUCCGACUCCAGUACCGAACCCCUAGUAACCCCUGUAGUUCCUCUCGGAUGACUUCGUUGGGGGAAAAGAUGGAGCUGGAGUGGGAUGACAGCUAUGAUACUGGGAUUUCUCCUGGAUCUGAAAUGGGCUCUCCCCAGCACGAUGAUUUAAGGAGUGUAGACACGCAACCUCCUGCAAAGCCUCCAAAGCACAUUCAGGAAAUGAAGAAAAAUGCAAUCAUGUUGAUCAAAGGGUCCUACAUAGAGGAAUCGGACUUUCAGGAUGAUGUUAUGGUUUACAGAUUAUGUGCCGAAAAGGAUGUGCAGGAAGCAGAGAGCCUAAAGGAGGAAGCUUUAAUGUCAGAAUCUCAAAAUACAGAUAAUCCAAACGUUCUUCCUACCAAUGGUCCCCUUAAAGGCUCACAAUCAGAUUCAAAUUUAGAGGAGUGCAAUGGGAAGAAUUCAGACUUGACCCAACACACAACAGCCGAAAUCCACGAGACUAGUGUCGAAUCAACCGCGCAACAUGACUUGGAAUUGAAGUUGUCUUGCCCAGAAGCAGAUCACAAUGAUAACAUGAAGUUGCUAAGUCCAGAGAGUGAGGAUUUUAUUUCUCAAUGUGAUAACAUCAUUAAAGAAUUGGAUUCUAACUCUACAGGCUUGGUAGAACUGAAAUUGCUAAUUCCUGAUGCAAUCUCUCCAGUGGAAGAGGAAGAGGACUUUGAAAAUUUUUCAGCUGAUACUCCAUCAGCAGAAAGUAUGCCUUCACCCUUUGGUCCAAAAGAUAUAUGCUCCAGCAAUCCUGCAAGGAAUCCGAAUAUCCCAUUUACAGGACCAUUCAUCAGUGUGGUGCUAUCAAAACUGGAAAACAUGUUGGAAAACUCCUUGCAUGUGAAUUUGCUGCUCAUUGGCAUCAUUACUCAUCUGGCCAGUUACCCUCAACCUCUUCUCCGUUCCUUUCUGCUCAAUACCAAUAUGGUAUUUCAGCCUAGUGUUCGGUCCUUAUAUCAGGUGCUGGCAUCUGUGAAAAACAAAAUUGAACAGUUUGCUUCCAUUGAAAAGGAUUUCCCUGGUCUUCUGGUACAAGCCCAACAGUACUUGCUUUUAAGAGUGGACAUGUCGGAUAUUCCUCUAGAGUCGUUGACCAAAGACCAUGCACAGCACAACGUUGCUGGGAAAGGCAGGAACCUUUCAGAAGCUUCCCAAGCCUUCCUGCAGCCUUUCUUAGGAAGUAAGGCAAAGAAAGGAACCGCUCUUCCCAGCGUCCCCCUGCACAUCCGGAACGCGACCCUUGCCGCUGCCCUCUUCCCGGAGUUCCUCAAAGAGCUGGCAGCUCUCGCACAGGAACAUUCCAUUCUGUGUUACAAAGUAUUUGGUGAUUUUGAGGAUUAUUAUUAAUUUUAAGACUUUUGAAGACAUUUUAACUUUUGUUUUUAACAGAGCUACUUCUAAAGGAAAAAAAGAAAAUACUUUAUAUUCCUGGGUAAUACUUGAUUCAGGGGAAAUUGUUACAUCAUUAUGUUGGGCCUUAUCUCCCGCUGUGCAACAUACGAACUUGAUGUAUUAAUGAAACUGCUUCUUAUUUUACCAAAUUCUCACCCUUGAUUUUACUUACCUCGGUUUUCCUCUUUAAAACGCGCUGUAGACACUUUGGGUUAAAAAGGCACAAUUGUGUAAACAGUGGCUGGGGAAUGAUGGGAGCUGUUGGACUUUUUCUGUCCAAACAUGUGUAGGAUUGUGCUCUAAGAGGAUGGUUAGGGGACCAUUCAUGAAAUCCAAUAAGCCUUUUAUGUAAAUUACUUUUUACUUGUCUAUCGAAGGGGGUGUUAAUCCUUCGCCUAAAUUCUGCUUUACCAAUGGAUGGAGUUCUGAAUCCAAAUGGAUUCAAUAUACAUAAGCUUGCGACUUGAUUAAAGCAGGUGCUGUGCUGAAAUACAUACCAUGUUGCCUUAUGUUGUGGACAAGUCUGACAUUCAGCUGUUGGCUCCUUUGAAGUUUAGACGAAAUAAGUAAAUGGAUGUUGAGUGCAGACUGUGGGGAGAUUUUCCCUGCCAUUUCUCAGCAUUCUUUGAAAAUACUAGAUUGCUACCUAAACACUCAAGCCUUAUUUUAGUAAAAUUUGCACACGACAAAAUGUUUCUAUGCAAGCUGUAACUUUUUUUUUUGUAGAACAUGUUUGUAUACUUUUACUGAUAAGCUGAAAAGAAAUAUUCAAGUAACUGUUUUAGUAGUGUUAAAAGAUUUAACUUUCUUGGAAGUUGUUGCUAUCUAUUUUAUAAGUAUUUUUUUUCAAAUGGAAAAGAAUAGCCUGCCUCUAUAAGCUGUAUUUUUUGUUGUUGUUUGUUUAAAUAUUAUUUUGGUUCAAGGAAAGCUUCAUGGUACUUGUAAACACUGGCUAUUUAUUUAUGAUUUAUGUUGACUUGUCCUAAUAUUGCACUUUUGAGGGAUGACAGAAAUGCAUUGCUCACUAGCAGUAGAGAAGAGGAUGUUACCUGGGAUAUAUACACUGGAACCUGUUGCAGUUGGUAUCCAAUUUCUUAAGAACAUUUUCUUUUGUGAGUAAUGAGACUCAUUAGAACAGGUCCAAACAUGAUGAAUUGGUGCAUUACAGCUGCAUUUCAGCUAUUGCUAGUAAGAGUAAUUGUUCCUCCAGUGCUGAAGUUGGCUUUGUGUAACCAGUGGCUGAGUACUUGAAAGCCUUCAUUUUCUUUUACAAUAGGUGAAAAUGAGAAACUAUUCUAAAACCAGUGGAAAGAGGAUGAAAAGACGGGGCUUGGAAGCAGUUAGCUUUGCUCCUGUUUGUAAACUUCGUAUUGACGUACUAAUUGUAAUAGGAAGAGGUUGUAUCUUCCUUGAUGGAACAUGACACCUGAACUGAUGAGACUUUCAGAAGCCUCUCUUGGGAGGAUUGCCAUGUGCUUGCCAGAAAAUGGUAUAUCAUUCCUUUAGAAGCACAGUUAUGGCAAGGGGCCCCUACUGUU